CGCCAUUGGCUGCAAGGCGGGCCCCGCCCCCGGGCUGCGGCGCCGGGCGAGGCCGCCGUGCGGUUCACGCAGGCGGUGGCGGCGGCGGCGUUGGGGACACUGGGCCGCCGGCGCCCGCGGGCUGAGCCAGUCGCUUCCUCCUCCUCGGCGGUCUAGGCGGGUGCCCCAGCCUGGGAAGCAUGGCCCCCCAGCCGCCGAGGGGGCUGGGCCCCGCUCUGCUGUGGGGCCUGAGCCUCUUCCUCAGCCUCCUGCGCCCAGCGUGUCUCCAGCCCUCUCCGCCUCCCCAGCCUUCCCCCCCGCUGGAGCCCCACCCGUGUCGUACCUGCCGGGGACUGGUGGACAGCUUCAACAAGGGGCUGGAGAGAACCAUUCGGGACAACUUUGGAGGUGGGAACACUGCCUGGGAGGAGGAGAAGUUGUCCAAGUACAAGGACAGUGAGACCCGCCUGGUGGAGGUGCUGGAGACCGUGUGCGGCAAGUCGGACCUGGAGUGCCACCGCCUGCUGGAGCUGAGCGAGGAGUUGGUGGAGAGCUGGUGGUUCCACAAGCAGCAGGAGGCCCCCGACCUCUUCCAGUGGCUCUGCUCAGACUCCCUCAAGCUGUGCUGUCCUGCAGGCACCUUCGGGCCCUCCUGCCUCCCCUGUCCCGGGGGCGCAGAGAGGCCCUGCGGUGGCCACGGGCGCUGUGACGGGGAAGGGACGCGAGGGGGCACUGGGCACUGCGACUGCCAGGCCGGCUACGGGGGCGAGGCCUGCGGCCAGUGUGGCCUGGGCUACUUCGAGGCAGGGCGCAACGCCAGCCAUCUGGUGUGUUCCGCUUGUUUCGGCCCCUGUGCCCGCUGCUCUGGGCCCGAGGAAUCAAACUGUUUGCAGUGCAAGAAGGGCUGGGCUCUGCACCACCUCAAGUGUGUGGACAUCGACGAGUGCGGCACCGAGCGAGCCACCUGUGCGGCCGACCAGUUCUGCGUGAACACGGAGGGCUCCUACGAGUGCCGAGACUGUGCCAAGGCCUGCCUGGGCUGCAUGGGGGCGGGGCCGGGCCGCUGCAAGAAGUGCAGCCCCGGCUACCAGCAAGUGGGCUCCAAGUGUCUCGAUGUAGACGAGUGUGAGACGGUGGUGUGUCCCGGCCAGGACGAGCGCUGUGAGAACACCGAGGGCGGCUACCGCUGCGUCUGCGCCGAGGGCUACAAGCAGGUGGGCGGCCUCUGCGUGAAGGAGCAGGUGCCAGAGUCCGCGGGCUUCUUCUCCGAGAUGACCGAGGACGAGCUGGUGGUGCUGCAGCAGAUGUUCUUCGGGGUCAUCAUCUGCGCCCUGGCCACGCUGGCCGCCAAGGGCGACCUGGUGUUCACCGCCAUCUUCAUCGGGGCCGUGGCGGCCAUGACCGGCUACUGGCUGUCGGAGCGCAGUGACCGCGUGCUCGAGGGCUUCAUCAAGGGCAGAUGAGCCCCCGCCCACGGGGUCGGGGCAGCUCGGCUUGUCGUGGAGAGUGGGGUGCGCACCCCCGCCUGCCUCUCGGGGUCCGGGAAAAGCAGCCCCGAAGGCAGAUGCUGGUCCUGGCCGGGGAGCACUGGACAGGCGGCAGCGCGUGCGCUGGGGGCUGCCCAUGAGCCUCGGCCCCUGCCUAGGGCGAGGGGGCCCUGCUGGGAGCUGCAUGCUGCCCCCUGCUCUGCUCCGUGUUCACCGCGCCCCCACCCCACCCGCAGCCUCUGACUGAUGCACUGAUCUCAGGAAAUAAAGUCUUGGAAAGUGGA